GUUGCCGGGGAAGCAACGCUUUUGAGAAGCGGAAAAACAUAUAAAUAUAUGUACAUAUAUAAAGUCGAGAUCGGGCGAGGAAAACGACAUUGACAUUCAAGCAGGCGCGCUAAUUGAUCGAAAAACCCCCUUAACGCCCGAGUCCCGGGUCAAGUGCUCUCAAUUGGAAGUGUCAGGUGGCAGCAUGGGGCAUCUGGUCCCGCUGCUGAUUGUGUUUAUCGGUUUCAAAGCACCAUGGCCGGUUCUUGCCAGAUCCGACAGCGCUACCGCCUGCGGAUCGCUGGAAAUAAAUGAGAUUGCGGACUUCCGGAAGCUGCAGAACUGUACGCACGUGGUGGGUCACGUACGGCUGGCCAAUGUGGAUCUGACAGCAGCUGCCGGAGCUGGCAACUAUGGUUUUGAGUCGCUGGCCAGCAAUGUGUCCGAGAUCAGCGACUACCUGAUGGUGUAUCGCUGCACCGGGCUGCUCACCCUCCAGUCGAUAUUCCCCCGACUGCGGAUCAUUCGGGGCCAGGCCCAGCUCUUCGAUAAAUACGCCCUGGUGGUCUACGAGAAUCGCAAUCUCAGGGAACUGGGCUUGGUGGAGCUGUUGCGCGUCCAGAAGGGCUUCAUUCGCAUCGAAUCGAACCCCAUGUUGUGCUUUGUGGGGACCAUCGAUUGGCUUUACCUCUUGGGCAACGCGACUCAACAGCAAUAUUCGGUUAAACACAACAGGCCGCACAGCCAGUGUCCUUUGUGUGGCGGUCCAUUCGCGGGUUUCGAAUACCUUAAGAACGGCUCGGAGCAUUGCUGGAAUCUGAACUCACCCCAGCUUCGUCCUCAGCCUCCUCGCUCCAAGGAUUGCCCCGUGGCCUGUGGACUAAGUGGCUGUGAUGUUGCCGGAAAAUGUUGUGAUCACAACUGUGUCACUGGGUGCUAUUCAAAGAAUUGCGAAUUAUGUGCAAAUUACCAGGGAAAAUUAGGUUGUGUGAACCAGUGUAUCGCCACUUACGAAAUUGACAGGAGGAAGUGCAUCGGUAAUAGAGAGUGCCGGGACUUGGGGAGAAUUCCCUUGGCACGUGGAUAUCAGUGUGUGAAAAAGUGUCCGGGUAAUCAGAAAAAGGUGGUGGACGACAAGGGCUUAAUCCAAUGUCAGGUGGAGUGCAAGGGCGAUUUUCAUGUCAAGAGUGCUGCCGACUUAGAAGUCCUGCAGGACUGUAUAACCAUCAAUGGUUCUCUGAUCAUCGAGCUGACAAACAUUAAGGAGAAAAUAGUAGAAGCUUUGGAAAAUGCUUUGGUUAGUGUCAAAGAGAUCACUGGCUACCUGAAAGUCAUACACUCUGUCCAGCUCGUGUCGUUAACGUUUCUUCAGAAUUUGGAUAGCAUUCGUGGUGAAAAGCUAGUAGAAAACAAAUACGCCCUCUUCGUGGUCAAUAACUACCAUCUGGAACACAUUUGGCCUACUAACCACCAGGUGAUCAUCCAGCGUGGCAUGCUCUUUUUCCACCUGAAUCCUCGUCUGUGCUACGAUAAAAUCCACCAGUUGCAGAGCUCGCUGAAGAGCGGUGAGAAUAUAUCCGUGGCUGAUGUAUCGCCCAAUUCGAACGGGGAGCGUGUGAUUUGUGGCGACGGAGUGCGGUCCCUCAGGCCCACAGUGGAGGACUCCAAUUCCACUGCGGUGCGCAUUAUCCUGACCUAUAUGGACUGGGAGGGCAUGGAAACGCUGUUAGGAUAUUCGUUUUACUACAAGGAAGCCCCGCAACAGAACGUGACUAUGUACGACGGUCGGCAUGGUUGCGGUCAUGACAACUGGCUCAUGGAUGUAACGCCAAGCAAGAGCAGGCGUCAUGUGAUAAGCGGCCUAAAGCCCUACACACAGUAUGCGUACUUCGUGAAGACCCUCACUCGCACCGACUACCAUAUGCAGAUGGACGCCUACUCGAAAAUCGGUUACUUCCAAACACUUCCUGAUAGGCCCAGUCCCGUGGUUCGUAUCCACGGCAGCUCGGACAGCAGUUCGCAGAUUGUCCUGCACUGGUGGCCACCGAUUCGUCCGAACGGAGUCAUCAAGAACUAUUUCGUGACCUAUGAGAAGCAGAAUGUUACCAAGGAAAUGAAAGACAAGAACUACUUGAGCGCGGUGUCCUCAAUUAUUAAUGAUUUGGAUUGCGAGUGCGUAGAUGUGCUACCCUACUAUUCCGGUCCUCAGCCGGAUGACGAGGAUUACUACAACAAGGAUCAAAUCACCUACGAAGAUGCCUUGCCCAAUCUCAUUUACGUUUCGAAACAUCACGACUAUCGCCGAAAGGAGUUCGAAAAAGUAGUAGACUAUCAGCAUCUCUUGUCUAUUAAGAAGAAACCUGAGCCCACCACUCCGGCUCCGCCAACUCCAGCUCCCACGAAUGAAAUGCUGGCCAAGGAGAAGAAGGCCGCUGAGAACUACGAAAGGUAUCGCAUAAACAGCGAGCAGAGGCAAAGGAAUAUGCAGGAUGUGGAUCAGGAGAAGUACAAGAUCCGGCACCCGAUGACCAAGUGUUCGAACCCACACGCCACGGUGGUCCAGCAAGUGGAGGACAAGUGUGUCGUUGAGGAAAAGAUGACUGGCACCCAGCUGCCGGGCAAUCAGCACUACUACAACCUCUCGCAGCUGGAACCGGACACCUUUUACCGGGUCACAGUAAGGGCCUGUGUCGAGGGCGUGGUCAAUGGGUGCUCCACUCCGGCGGAUACCCUGCUGAAGACCGCCAGCCUCCGGAUGGAGCGAUUCAUACAGGGUGUUUAGGCUUAGGCCCGAAACUACCAAUCAAAAACCCUUUUGUAUUAGCUGGCAAGUGAUAAAUGCUUGACCCAUAUGACACUAGAUUAAGUUACAGACCUGACGAUGCAAGUCGGAACUCCCAAUUUCCAAGCUAUAUUAAUUUGAAAACCACUUUACUAUGUCCCUAUAUAAAUUAGCUCAAGCCAUUUUUAAGAUUGCCCAAAUUUAACACUAUCUUAGAUUUAUCUACACUUUUGACAAGAAAGGAUCAUUAGCCCUUUUACCUUUUUCAUUUUUAUUUAAAAGCUCAAAAGAGUAUUUUAUGUUUUCUGAUUUAGAAUUUGUUAUUUUAUCUUACACCUUUCUUCAAUUUAGUAGCAAAGUCAUUAUUUUUCUUUGUUUCAGACUGACAACUAAAACUAAUUUAGCUGCUUAACUAGUUGUCUUAUUUCAUGUAAAAGAUUUGGAAAACCUAUUUCAAACUCACGUUUUUGUGCCGUGUCAUAUGAGCUCAACCAAGUAUUGUAAUUCCAAUGACUGUAAUUGUCUUAAUGUUCCUCGCAAUGUAUUGUAAACGUGUAAAUGCCAACCAAAUCCUCGACAAGCGACAAAAUGUUUUCAUCAAUCUA